AUGGAUGUUGAAAAAACAACAAUGGAAUACUUAUUUCGCGUAGAAAGACAAGCGGAAAAAAUUCUUGUUGAUAAAAGUGAAAUAAUUGCUUUGGAUAAAAUAAGAAAUAAUAAUCGGAUGGCAAUCAGAUCAUUAACAAAUUAUAAAAUACCACAAGCCAAAACAUGGAUGGCUCUUGGGCCAAUUAUGGUGAAAGUUUCCCAUGAAAAUGCUAAAAAAUUGUUGGAAGAAGGUAUAUUUUCAUUAAUUCAUUAUUUUAAUCAAAUGAAAUAUAUAUAAAUUAUUUCCAGAACAAAUAUCUUUAAAUAGCCGUAUUAAUAUACUGCGUAGUGAUAUAAGAGUAAAUGUGAAUAAAUUAAGAGAUUUAGAAUAUCAAGAACCUGUGAAAGGAUUAUUUCUAAAUCCACUCACUAAAAAAGAAAUGGAAGCAAUGAAUCAAGUCCUUGGUGUAAAUAAUUAA